CCUCUUCUUAUCUUCUUCCUCCCCAUUGAUUUUUCUUCUCCCUUAUCUGUUCCUCUCCACCUCUGUUUUCACAUAUAAAUAUGCUCUCAAACCCGUUUUCUUCAUUUCAAGGUUCUGUCUUUUUGUCAAACAGCUUACAUGCAUAACUACUUGUUGUUCCUCAUGUUCGAGAUCCAUGUCUCCAGUACUCAGUGAAAUCCUCCUUUCCGGAUUUAUCAUCAACUCCACUCUCAGGCGUAGGACCCAUCUUGUUCAAUCCUUCUCUGUUGUAUUCCUCUACUGGUUCUACGUCUUUUCAUGAACUAGCUUACCCUUACCCUUCCUUGAUUAAUUUAAGCAAUCCAAAAUAACACAAGAUCUUCAUCUGGUAUUAUGGCUUCUUCUAGUGGGACAUCUUCAGGGUAUAGCAAGCUUAGGAACUCAAGUUCAGAGGAGGAUUUGCAACAGGUCAUGGACAAUAGAAAGCGCAAGAGAAUGCUCUCCAAUCGCGAGUCCGCUCGGAGGUCUCGGCAGCGAAAGCAAAAGCUCGUGGACGAUCUGAUGGAGCAGGUGGGUCAGUUGAGACAGGAGAAUAACCAGAUCUUGACUACCAUCGACAUGACUACUCAACUGUACCUCAACGUUGAAGCAGAGAACUCUGUUCUCAGGGCUCAAAUGGCUGAGCUCACUCAAAGGUUACAGUCUCUCAACGAGAUCAUGAGCUCUGUGAACGUAAGCAAUGGACUUUUUGAAGAUGAAGAGAGUAAUGUUCUUGAUGACCAGAUUGGCUGCUUUGAUUCCUUCAUGACUCCUUGGAGUUAUUCUCUUUGUGUAAAUCAACAACCCAUUAUGUACUGAUUCAUGUAAUCCAUGUACAUGUUCUUAUCCUCUUUUGGUUGUCUAGUGUUGAUGUUGUAAGAUCUUAUUAAUGUAUGAUUAAUUUACAUUAAUUAAUAAACUUAGUAUUGUAAGAUCUUUAUAA